AUGACCUGGAUGCCACCUGGCAGAAGAAAGGCAAUAUUUAAAUGUGCAAAAAGAAAAACUAGACGAGUCAAUAAGAUGUGUGUAUUGGUUGAAUGUGAUUUGGGUCCAGUUUUGUUUUCUUCAGAAGUCAUUCUGAAUGUGAGUCCCUAUGGUCCCAGAUUUGAUCAUUGGCUAUCUCAGUGUGCAUCGCCCAGCUUACCUUGUGUGCCAAAUUCUCUCCUUGGGGUGACCCUCUAGGAACGUGAGAAAAGCCUUCCCAAUGGCCCAUCCAGUCCAGCAUCUUGUUCUCACAGUGGCCAACCAGGUGCCUGCAGGAAACCCACUAGCAGGAUCCAAGCACACAAACUCUGCUGUGGCUUCCAGCAACUCGGUUGGGGCCAUCACUGCCUCGUGUGGGAGCAAGUACCAUAGUUUAGCUAUGCUCUGCAUGAACUUUCAUUUAUGAAAUACUCAGCUUCAUUAAAUGCCCUUGAGUUCUAGUCUUAUGAGAGACGAAGAAAAACUUUUCUCAACCCACUUUCUCAAUGCCAUGUGUAACUUUACACACCUCUAUCAUGUCUCCUCUAAACUAAAAAAGUCCCAAUGCUGCAAAAUCUUCUAAGGGACCCACGUCAUCCCCAUGAUGAAUGAUCAAGUUGUCCUUUCCUGAGCCUUUUCCAACUCUACAGUAUCCUUUUAGAGGUGAGGAUUUGACCACUCUGUUCAGUGUCACUCCAGCAACUCAGAGAGUGUUGUUGCCUCUGCUGAGCUGCUCCUUCACCUCAAAGCAGGGUCACUCCUAAAUAAACACUCCAGCAGUUCAGCAUGCUCAAACCGGAGGGCUGGACCAGCUCCCAGGUUGCAUGACCAUUUUUAUUUUGGGCAUUGGUGUUCCCGCAGCGGCGGAACGGCGCCCACAGCAAAUUAACAGAGAAUGCAGAAGGCUGGUUUGUAGUAGCCUCAACAUAAUCGAGGCAAUUUGUUUCUGGAGUUGCCUGCCGGAUUUUCUCACAAGGCAUUUCCUAAGGCCGGAUUAAGUGAACAGUUUGAGAGAAAGGAAGAUAAUGGUGAGUACCAGUUUACUUCGUCCAGAAAUUGUUCCUGUUCAGCAAAGAGAUUUAAGGAGGGGGGGACAAGGCAUUUCUUAUACUCAGGACAGCCUUCCCUGAAAAUGAUGGGCAUGAUAUACACGGCCCCAUUAAUUCCAGGGGGCCUACUCUGAGUAGGGCUUAGUUGGAGACCAUCCUACGUUUAUGCAGGUGUAAUGAUUACUUUCUAAGACAAUGUGUUUGUUGGGGUGGGGCUGAGUAUGCCUGGAAGCAGAGCUGAAUUUGCACUUGGGUUCAGCUUGAACUAAAGCAGAGCACAGCUUGUCCAGAGUGUGGCUUUUUCCUCGCUGCUCGGAAAUCACAGUUAGUCCCCGAGACAUCUGGAACCGAGGUCAGACCCUGAAGCUCUCAAAGCUGCUUGCUUUAAAACCCAAAUGCAUAUGAGCUGCCUGUGUGGGUAUCAGAGGAAUGAGAGGCUUGUACUCCGCGCAUGCCUCCAAGGAUUAUGUCCUGAGGUGGACUGGGCUGUCAGAGCCAAUGGCAGGCUAUUUUGAUGCCUCAUGCCACAAUUGCGGGUGGGAGUGUGAUUUUGUGUCACAGCACAAAACGAGGGGAAGGUUAACCCUCCCCUUCUGUGCCGUUCAGUUGUGACCACAGGCUUUUUUAAAGCUUCAAUUGUCACUAAUGGCUUGUUUGUUUUUAAGCAAGUCUAAUUGUAUGGGGGAUCAGGGCAUGAGAAGGGUGAGGAACAGGCAGAUGGUGAGCCCGCAGAAUGAAGAUUCCCUCCUUUCCCAUAGAAGGCUGAGCCCAUUGAAACCAAUGAGAUUUCAGAUGUAUGUAUUUUUGUUUAUUGCAAUUAUAUCCCACCUUUUUCUUUCAAGGAGCUCAAGGUGGUGUACAUGGUCCUCCCUCUCCUCAAUCCCUACAACAACCCUGUGAGGAAGGUUAGGCUAAGGGGCAGCAACUGACCCCCAAGGGUCACCCAGGGAGCUUCAUGGCUAAGUGGGGAUUUGAACCCGGUUUCUCCCAGGUCCUAGUCCAAAACGGCACUACCACUGCACUACUAUGGCUCUCACUAGACUUCACUGGCUUCAUUCGUCCCAUAGACUUCAAGGGGAACUACAAGCCAAUUUCAUAGCUGUCAACUUUUCCCUUUUCUUGCGCGGAAUCCUAUUCAGAAAAAGGGAAACGUUGACAGCUAUGGCCAAUUUGACACAAUCCUAUUACUGCAAGAUAAGUUGGUAUAGACCUCAAAGCAGUUAAAAAAACAACAACAAUAAAAUUAUCAGCAAUUGAAGCUAUUGAAAACUUUUAAAAAACAAACAAUCCAAUUAAAACAUACACCAACAUCCUGCAUGUCUGGAUAGACUUGCCUAAACUAAAACAUUUUAGUAAGUGCCAAAAAGGGUGCAGUGAAGUCACCUGCCUGGUGUCAAUUGGCAGGGAGUUCCAAAGUGUGGGUGCCACACACCAGAAGGUUGAUUUAUUGCAAAAACGUAAUGUGUAAUUAUGCCAAUUAUGCCAACCUAGCAUGUGUAAUAAUGCCAAUUCCGCAGAUGGAAGAAGUCUAGUGGGCUUGUAUAUAGGAUAAGGCAAUAUUGCAUGCUGCAAAGGGCUUUGUAUACUAAUCGUAAUACCUUUAUCUUGGCUUGGGAACAAAUCGGCAACCAGUGCAGAUCUUAGAGCACAGGCGUUAAAUGCUGACAAGACCCCACUCCUGUCAGCAAUUGUGCUGUAGUAUUUUGCACUAACUGCACCUUCAGGAUACUGUGGAUUUGACUAACGUUGGGCAACAUCCCAUGUCAGGAAUGGGGGACCUUUUUUUGGAAAUUGUAUCUAGCAACAAAAACAGACUAUACACACAAUGGAAAAAACAAGCAGUGACAACAAAAUAAUACAAGAUCAACACAAGGAGUUUUUGAUAAUAAAGUUGAAAUAAAAACCUAUUUUCAGUCCAAGGGCCACAUUCCCUUCUGAGCAACUUUUUGAGGGCCACAGCCCUGUGGUGCGCUGGGCCAGUGGCAAUAGUGGGCAGAGCAAGGAAUGUGAAUUUUAACUUUUUAAGCAGGCAAUUUUUUACACAUACCCUUUCUCUGUCCACUGUCCAGGUAAGGCAAGUGCCAUGAUCGGAGUUCAAGGGCACAUCCCAGUCGGGCAAAAACACCUGAGGAGGAUGCAGAUUACUGCUGUUGAGGGGCAUGGUCUGUGAAGGGGGUGUGUGGAUUGGGAAGAGUCCUGAGGGCCAGUUAGAGAAGUGUAGAGGGCCGCAAUUGACUGCCAGGCCAUCUGGAUCCCCUCUCCUGCAAUAAGAUUUGGUAUAUAUUGGAGAAGACAGCUAAUUUCCUGUGGGUGUUUUUGCUUCUUUGUUUCUUUACAGCUUUUAGUCAUCUUGAAGUAAACCUCUAG